GUUCCGCCACCCUCCUUUUAUUUCCAUACGUAGUGAACCAUACGUCGUUAUUUGACAUCUCUGAAACUGAGCCGUCAAUACCGGAAAAGCUCAGGUUAACGCUUCCACCGGGGGAUCUGUAGUCUCUGUGGUUACCGAGCAGGUGGCUGACUAGCUGCGAGGAGAAGUGGCCCGAGGCUUCCCAAGAUGGUCAGAGCCGGGGGUGUUUUGAAAUUAGCUGCGCUCAUAUUAGUGUUCCUGCUAGCCGUCUUUAUGGCUUUUCAGCUUCUGGAGAUCAACGUGGAUUUUAAAAUUGGCAGCAUGGCUAAAUCUUUGCCGGUGGUUACAGGACCAACAAAGCCGGCCAUUCAUAAAUGCGGGCUGUCCAAGGCGUGUCCCGCUGGACAUUUUGCCUUCAAAGUUACGAGUGGCGCCGCCAGCGUGGUCGGGCCUAGGAUGUGCCUGGAAGACAAACUAUUAAUGAGCGGAGUGAAGAACAACGUUGGGAGAGGGAUCAACAUCGCCCUGGUUAACGGGAGAACCGGAGAAGCUCUUAAAACGGCUUAUUUUGACAUGUGGGCAGGAGAUGUGGCUCCAUUCAUUAAGUUCCUGAAGGAAAUUGAAGAUGGGACGAUUGUGAUGAUGGCAUCGUUUGAUGAUCCAGCAACAAAACUCAACGAUGAAGCCAGGGCGAUUAUUGCUGAUUUUGGCAGCACGGCCGUGGGCGGUCUGGGCUUCCGGGACAACUGGAUCUUUGUGGGAGGAAAAGGCAUCAAGACCAAGAGUCCGUUUGAGCAGCACAUAAAAAACAGUGCAGACACCAACAAGUACGAGGGCUGGCCCGAGGUUCUGGAGAUGGAAGGCUGCGUUCCUCAGAGGCAACAGGAAUGAUCCCCGCUCCUGCAUCAUCUCACCAGUUCACCCUGUCUAUCCAGCUGUUGGCAUUAGCAUCGUUGGCAACCCGACUUCUGCGUGGAGAGAUGGGUUUUUCCAUCUCAAAACAUUUCAAAAGGAAAGAAAAGCUGCAGGAACUCUGACACUUGGCCCAGUAGCUCUUCUGUCGGAUGGUACGGAGCUAACUGCUUUGAGGUAAAAGUGGAGCGCACUGAGAUUCGUCUUCAUCAGUUUGCGUCCGUAAAUCCCAAAGACAAGCUUUUGCUUUAUUUUUGACAAACAUGAAUGUCGUUGGUCACAUUUUUAUGAGGCUCUGCUUUCUUCUCUUCUUUCGUGCCUUAAUGCUACUUUUUGUAACCAACAAGUCUGAUAUUUGUAUUUUUCCACUUAGAGUUGUUUGUUUUUUGCGGAAAUUCUAACUAACAAACUUUGUAGACACUUUUCCAAAACUGAUGUUUGUAAAUAAGUAUUUAGUGAGGGAAACCAGAUUAAAAAGAUGUUAAUAUAAUUAAUGUAUUAAUAUAAUUUCUUUAAAUAAAUGCUGUGACCUUG